UUCGCAGCGUGCGGUGCUUUAGACUUCAGCCACUUGAAGCUCCUAACCAUCUUGUAGGAAUGGGACCACGUCCCUACAAGGGUGGUCGGAGUGAGCACCAUCCAUAUGACUAGGGAGUACGGCCCACGCUAGAUGCAACCCAACUACUUUGCCCCACUUGGUUACAGGCCCACGGGACUGGACCCGGCGAUAGGAUUGUAUAAAGUAAUCAAUAUAAACAUAUUAAAAAAGUUAUGUUUCGUCCAUGUGGGAGGGAUGGGAUUUCUUCUUCCUUAAACCAAAUCAAAACUUGUUCUUCUCAGUUAGUGUAAAAAUCAAUCUCAGAUGCUAUCCUACUCUCCACUCCUCAUCUCACUGCACAACAGACUCAGAGACACAAAAAAACCUCUUUUUCCCUCUCCACCAAGGAACCCACUCACCGGCGGCGGCGCAGUUGCAUCGUCCUCUAAGAUCAUGUAUCUAGGAUUAGAUACUGUACCUGUUCUUGUUGGUCCAGUGUCUUACUUGUUGCUAUCAAAACCAGCAAAAGGUGUUGAGAAGUCCUUCUCUCUUCUUUCCCUCAUUGGAAAUAUUCUUUCAGUCUACAAGGAGGUUGUGGCUGAACUAAAGGCUGCAGGUGCCACUUGGAUUCAGUUUGAUGAGCCCACCCUUGUGAAGGAUCUUGAUUCUCACCAAUUACAAGCAUUUACUCAUGCCUACUCAGAACUAGAGUCAUCUUUGUCUGGUUUGAAUGUUAUAAUUGAAUCAUAUUUUGCUGAUGUUCCUGCCGAGGCAUACAAAACACUUACCUCUCUAAAGGGUGUAGCUGGGUAUGGCUUUGACCUGGUCUGUGGAACAAAGAUCCUUGAUUUGAUCAAGAGUGGAUUUCCUUCUGGAAAAUACUUGUUUGCUGGAGUGGUAGAUGGGCGCAAUAUAUGGGCCAACGAUCUUGCAUCUUCCAUCAGUACCCUAGAGGCACUUGAGGGUAUUGUUGGAAAAGACAAGGUUGUUGUCUCUACAUCCUGCUCUCUUCUACACACUGCGGUUGAUCUUGUGAAUGAGACUAAGUUAGAUGCGGAGAUCAAGUCAUGGCUUGCAUUUGCUGCUCAAAAAGUAGUUGAAGUAAAUGCCUUGGCUAAGGCAUUGUCUGGACACAAAAAUGAGGCUUUCUUUGCUGCCAAUGCAGCAGCUCAAGCUUCAAGAAAAUCUUCCCCUAGGGUAACAAAUGAGCAUGUUCAAAAAUCAGCUGCUGCUUUGAAGGGCUCUGACCACCGUCGAGCAACAAAUGUGAGUGUCAGGCUGGAUGCCCAGCAGAAAAAGUUGAGCCUUCCUGUUCUUCCAACUACCACAAUUGGAUCCUUCCCUCAGACCAUGGAUCUCAGAAGAGUCCGUCGUGAAUACAAGGCUAAAAAAAUCUCCGAAGAAAAUUAUGUCAGUGCGAUCAAGGAGGAGAUUAACAAAGUUGUCAAGCUCCAAGAAGAGCUUGACAUUGAUGUAUUGGUCCAUGGGGAGCCAGAGAGGAAUGAUAUGGUUGAGUACUUUGGAGAGCAAUUAUCUGGCUUUGCCUUCACUGUGAAUGGGUGGGUUCAGUCUUAUGGAUCUCGCUGUGUCAAGCCACCUAUCAUCUAUGGUGAUGUUAGUCGCCCUAAGGCCAUGACAGUCUUUUGGUCCUCAUUAGCUCAGAGUUUGACUAAGCGCCCAAUGAAAGGAAUGCUCACUGGUCCUGUAACUAUUUUGAAUUGGUCUUUCGUUAGAAAUGAUCAACCAAGGUCUGAGACCUGCUAUCAAAUUGCUUUGGCGAUUAAGGAUGAAGUUGAGGAUCUUGAAAAGGCUGGAAUUACUGUUAUCCAGAUUGAUGAGGCUGCUUUAAGAGAAGGUUUGCCUCUUAGGAAGUCCGAGCAGGCUUUCUAUCUUGAUUGGGCCGUUCACUCCUUCAGAAUCACCAACUGUGGUGUCCAAGAUACUACUCAGAUUCACACCCACAUGUGCUACUCAAAUUUCAAUGACAUCAUCCACUCGAUAAUCAACAUGGAUGCUGAUGUGAUUACCAUCGAGAACUCAAGAUCUGAUGAGAAGCUUCUGUCUGUGUUUCGCGAGGGAGUGAAGUAUGGCGCUGGCAUUGGCCCUGGUGUGUAUGACAUCCACUCACCAAGGAUCCCAUCUGCAGAAGAAAUCGCUGACCGGAUCAAUAAGAUGCUUGCUGUCUUGGAGACUAACAUUCUGUGGGUCAACCCUGAUUGCGGACUCAAGACUCGCAAAUAUACUGAAGUGAAGCCUGCCCUUAGCAACAUGGUUGCUGCUGCCAAGCUUCUCCGCUCCCAGCUGGCCAGUGCUAAGUGAGCUCGUUUUCUGCCAUUGUCUGGUAAUGAUAAGUAUCUGUUUUUCUACUCAUGCUCGAAUAAUCCAUCAACCAUUUUAAAUUUGGUUGAUGUUUUUCUCUUGCAGUAAAUCUAGAAGUUUUUGAAAUGCUCAAUGGAGAGUCUUGAUGUUGCAUUUUAUCAUA